GGCAAUGCUCAAAUGGUUGUUCAGACAAAAUGGUUGUUUGUGGGAAUAAUAAUCAUCUGCCUGGUUCAGAUCAAACUUAAUCUUGAUUCAGAAGAGAUGUGUGCCUGUAUCCAUUGUAUGGCAGGAAGUAAAGAGGAUCCCUGGUUCUUAGAGCGUUAUAAGAACCUGGUGCCAAAACUUCUGUCAAGACAGAACAGCGAGUUCAGUCCAAACACCCAGAAAUGGUGGGAGCAGCUUCAAGGUGGGUCAAGUGAGAAGAACUACAGUGCAGUUGUGGAGACUCUGUUCUCGCUGUUCCCUGAUGAAGAACACUACUCUGACGCUGGUCCUCACCGCUGCAGAACCUGUGCUGUGGUGGGAAACUCUGGAAAUCUGGAAGGAUCUCAUUAUGGCCCUCUAAUAGAUGCCCAUGACUUUGUUAUAAGGAUGAACAAAGCCCCCACUGCUGGCUUUGAGAAGGACGUUGGGUCAAAGACCACUCACCAUGCUAUCUACCCUGAGAGUGCUGUGGACAUGGACAACUCCACCCACCUUGUCCUGGUACCAUUUAAAAUUCUGGAUCUUGAGUGGCUUAUCAGUGUCUUCACCACCAAACACAUCACGCGCACAUAUACAGGAGUGAAAAGCACAGUACAAGCAGACAUGGACAAGGUGAUGAUAUUGCACCCUGAGUUUAUGAGAUAUGUCUAUGAGGUCUGGCUGCAGAAACAGGGGAAAUAUCCUUCUACUGGAUUCAUCAUGCUUGUACUGUCCCUGCACAUCUGUGACCAGGUGAAUGUAUUUGGAUUUGGUGCCAGUAAAGACGGGAAUUGGCACCAUUACUAUGACAAAAGAUAUCAUCAACAUCUCAAUACUGGGGUACACAGAGGAAGCGCUGAAUACAACAUUACUCUGAAACUCCACCAGAAGAACAAGAUCCAGAUGUAUAAAGGAUGGUAAACUAAAGUACGAUGGAGAUAAAAAAAAACAGUACCUCAAACACAUUCAACUCAUUGCAGUACAGUAUGAGAGAUGUAUAAUCUAUGAUGGACCCUUUUGUGAAGAAAAGACAGUGGAAAGCAUUUCCACCAUUUGACCAGAAGAUGGAGUGUCAUCCCUUCUUUAGAAACCCUGAAGUCAUGAAGCAGCACAUACAUGGCAUUUUUUCCCUUAAAACACUUUUUCCACACAGCACAACCUUUUCUUCCCUCAAUGGACAUUUUCUAGCUAAUUCUCUAAAAGGAGGUCUUCUUCUGACAACAAGUCCAAACUUUGCACUUUAACUUUUGGUAGUAAAUGAUGGUGCGGUUCUUCUUUGUCCCUCCCACACGGAUAUGGGGAGAACAUGAUCUGUCCUCUGGGGAUGUUUGAAUGUUUGGAACCAGAAACAUCAACAAACAAAGAACAUCUAUUGAAAAUCAAGACCAAGUCCAAAUGAUGUCAUAAAAUGAAUCUGAGACAGAGACAAGACUGAGACGUAAAUGAGUCAUAGAGACAAGACUGAGUCGUAAAUUAAUCAUAAACAGAGACAAGACAGAUUCUAAAUGACCUCGAGACAGAGACAAAACUGAGUUCAAACGAUGUUAUGACAGUGAUAGGACAGAUUCUAGUCCAAAUGAGGUUGAGACCGGAACAAGACUGAGACCUUUAAUUUACAUUUUCGAAACCGAGACCAGACUUCAGCACUACAGCACUACUUACAACCCCAAUUCCAGUGAAGUUGGGACGUUGUGUAAAACA